AUGACAGCUGACAAGACCCUUGAUGCUGAAACCAUCCCACACCCUAUUCGAGAGAGAUUUCCUGUGAUUCUUACGCUUUCUCUUCUAGGUAAUAUUCCUGCUAAUGCUAAAUGGAAACAGAACGGAGUGACUAUUGCUGGAGAUCACGGGCAAGGGGAUGCCACUAAUCAACUCAGCUUGCCUUUUGGUCUCUUCGUUGAUGAUGAUCAAACAGUGGUUAUUGCUGACUACUACAAUCAUCGUAUCAUGCAAUGGAAGAACGGUGAUACAACGAAUGGACAAGUUGUUACUGGCGGUAACGGCCAAGGAAAUGGAUUGCACCAAUUGAAUCAUCCAACAGAUAUAUUAAUUGACAAAGAGACGGAUAGUCUCAUUAUUUGUGAUCGAAUGAAUCGACGAGUUGUACGAUGGUCUCGUCGUAGUGAUACAACACAAGGUGAAAUACUCAUUGACAACAUCAAAUGUUAUGGAGUAGCUAUGGAUGAGCAGAGAUAUCUCUACGUUUCUGACAUUGAAAGACAUGAAGUAAGACGAUAUCAAUUGGGUGAGAAGAAUGGCACUCUCGUAGCUGGUGGUAAUGGUAAAGGUGAUGGACUCAAUCAACUUAACUUUCCGACAUAUCUUUUUGUCGAUCGACAACGGAAUGUCUACGUAUCGGACGAACAAAAUCACCGUGUAAUGAAAUGGAAUAAUGGUGCAAAAGAAGGUAUUGUGGUCGCUGGAGGACAAGGCCAAGGGAAUGCUUUGACACAAUUGUCUUAUCCUCAAGGAAUCUUUCUUGAUACGUUGGGUACACUCUAUGUAGCAGACACGUGGAAUCAUCGUGUAAUGCGUUGGACUCAAGGAGACAAGAAACAAGGCACUGUAAUUGUGGAUGGAAAUGGCGAAGGAGCAGGAGCAAAUCAGUUCAACGGCCCCGUUGGUUUGUCUUGCGAUCGACAUGGUAAUCUCUAUGUCGUCGAUUAUAAUAAUGCUCGCGUUCAACGAUUUUCUAUCGAAUAA